CGAGCCACCAAGAUUUUUUUUGAAAGGAUUUAGCUGCUAUAGCAGGGAACGGCAAAAAAUGCGCUAUUGCCACUGUUUACAAGAACAUCUCUGAUGACUCCUGCUAAUUUGUGUCCAGCUCAUCGGCGUUGAUUAUCCAAAAAUGUAGCUGGAAGUAUUUUGAGCAGAAAGGACACGUUUAUUUCUGUCAUAUUUUGACGUCAGUAAGGUUUUUCUUGCACGUCACAGGGAGAUGGAUCUGUCAAGGAGGAGUGACGGCGACUGGCAGGGAAUGAUAAACGAGUUCCUAAUUUGUAAGCGGAAGCUGGAGAGCAAGAAGGAAGCUCUGCUUAUCCUUUCCAAAGAGCUGGAUACAUGCCAGCAGGAGAGGGAUCAGUACAAGCUGAUGGCCAACCAGCUUCGUGAGCGGCACCAAGGACUGAAAAAGAAAUACAGGGAGCUCAUUGAUGGAGAUCUUUCUUUGCCUCCCGAAAAACGGCACCAAGUGAAUUUAGCUCAGUUAUUGAGGGACUCAAGAGAAAAAAGCAACCGUCUCUCUGAUGAGGUGAAGGAGCUGAAGCAACGACUGGCCGAAGCUCAGGGAGACAACAAGCUCCUACGUAUGACUAUCACCAAACAACGGCUGGGAGACGACGAGGUAGGCGCUCGCCAUUUCCCAGCGCAUGAACGUGAGGACUUGGUCAAACAGUUGGAAAGAGCCAGAGAGCAGAACGAAUUGCUGGAGCACAGCACAAAGUCUCUCAGCGACGAGCUUCAGGACGUCCGAGCGGAGCGCGACGUGUUUCAGCAGAAGGCUCAUCGCCUCAAUGUGGAGAUGAACCACAUCGUUGGAAAUGAUGACAUUCGGAUUUUGGAUAUCGACGCUCUCUGCAUGGAGAAUAGGUAUUUGCAUGAUCGGCUCUGUCAGCUUACGGAGGAGGUCACCUUGCUCAAGACAAAUCUGGGCAAGUACAAGAGUGCACUGGGAUCCAGGAAGAAUGUCAGAGUCUGCGGAAAGCCGAACAGCAGUGCACUCACUGGGGUGCUCUCAGCCAAACAAGUGAAGGAGCUGCUGUCUGACGAAAGCGGGUGCACGCUGCCCGUCACCGCCCAGUCCAUUUCGGACCUCAAGUCCCUGGCCACCGCUCUCCUGGAAACCAUCCACGAGAAGAACAUGUUGAUUCAGCACCAGCGACAAAUUAAUAAGGUUCUUGGAACUCGAGUUGCAGAACUGGAGAAGAAACUCAAAACAUUGGAGACGUCCGGAUUGUGGAGUCUGCCGGGCCUUACUUACCAUAUCUCAGUGGGCAUAUGCGGAAAGGGAAAAGACAGCUGCAACACUCAGCCACCAGACACAUCAGGGGAGUCAGAGCAAUGUUCAUCAGGACAUCCAAUACAAGCGAGUGAAACGCCAGCAGAACCUCCCAAAUCGUCCCACUCGUCUUGCCCUCCAUCUGAAGAGGAGCCGUUUAAUCCUCCGACGAGAAUCUUGCCAAACAGCCAUGAGCUAUGUGAAGGUCAACAAUCCAAAGAUGACAAGAGUGCAGGUGAUGUUUUCCCCCCUCCAAUAGAUGUGAAUACACCCUUUCUGUCAAACACCUCUGAGCGACCAACUGUCACAUCCAACCUCACGAGAGAAAAUAAAGAUGAAGUGGGAGCAGAGAACGUUGAAACGGAAUGUAUCAUAAUAGAGGAACAUCUCCAUAAUCCACCAACCUUUGAAAAAGAGCAGGAAAUUCAGCAAGAACAAGAUUUUUUUAUUGGGACAGAUAAUAUGGCAUGUCCUGUUUGAUACUGUCUACUUUCAAAGAUAUCCAAAAAACAUUUCUUCCACAUUAGCACUGUACAUUCCAGAAGACUUCUAGAGGCUGCUACUUAAUCUGCAUUUUACAGGUUUUAACUCAAUUGUGCUUAAAAAGCAGUGUUGUGUUGAACAUUUUAGACAACUGAAUACAUUAGACUACCAAGCAA